AUGGGCUCAUUAUCUGUUAUUUUAGGCUCUUAUCGAUCUGUUCAAAAUGGUGCCAUUAAACAAAAAUUUAGCUUUUCAGAAGUCGAAAUGUCGAUUAUUUGGCCACCUGUUCAUGAUUCUAUUCUCAGCAAACAAUGCAAUCAUGGAAAAACGUUGAAGUCAAAAGCAACACUCAAUGAAUCCAUUGCAAUCACUUCUACACCCAAGCUACCAACUACAACAAUAAUGAACAGCAAGGUGAAGCUAAGAACAAACAAGUUAUUUAAGUUAAAUUUUAUACGUAUUAAUCGUGUUCAUUCUUAUGCUUAA